GGCUUGAGGCGAAGGUGAGGGAGAAGAAGGCGGCGGCCGCCACCAUCACGACGACGACGACGACGACGACGACGGCGGUGGGCGGCGGGACGGGGAAGAAGAGAGAGCGCGAAAGAGAGAGGAUGUCUCUCUCCGACUGGCACCUGGCCGUGAAGCUGGCCGACCAGCCGCUGGCCCCCAAGUCCGUCCUGCGGCUGCCCGAGGCGGAGCAGGGCGACAGCUCCCUGGGGAGCUACAGCAUCUCCUUUCUGAAGCAGCUCAUCGCGGGCACGCUGCAGGAGUCGGUGCCGGACCCGGAGCUGAUCGAUCUGAUCUAUUGUGGCCGCAAACUGAAGGAUGACCAGACGCUCGACUCCUACGGCAUCCAGCCCGGGUCCACCGUCCACGUCCUGCGCAAGUCGUGGCCCGAGCCCGAUCAGAAAGCCGAACCCGUGGACAAGGUGGCCGCGGUGAGGGAGUUCCGAGUGCUGCACACAGCCCUGCACGGCAGCCCGGCCUACAGAGAUGCCGUUUUUAAGAUGCUGGGAAACAAAGAGUCACUGGAUCAGAUCAUCGUGGCCACUCCGGGCCUGAGCAGUGACCCCAUUGCUUUGGGAGUGCUUCAGGAUAAAGAUCUCUUUUCAGUCUUCGCCGAUCCCAACAUGUUGGACACGUUGGUCCCCGCUCACCCCGCCCUCGUCAAUGCCAUCAUCCUGGUCCUGCACUCGGUGGCAAGCAGCACCCCCCUGCCCGGGGCGGACGCCUCUGCCCGGGGCGUGUCCUCCGGCUCCUACAGGGACAUGCCAGGUGGCUUCCUGUUUGAAGGCCUUUCCGAUGACGAAGAGGACUUUCACCCGAGCACGCGCUCCACCCCCUCCAGCAGCGCGUCCGGGUCGCGCCCGGCCUCUCUCGGCUACAGCGGGGCCGCCGGGCCCCGGCCCAUCACCCAGAGCGAACUGGCCACGGCCUUGGCCCUGGCCAGCACGCCGGAGAGCAGUUCGCACACUCCUACCCCCGGCACCCAGGGCCAUUCCUCAGGCACUUCGCCGAUGUCCGCCAGCGUCCAGUCGGGGACGCCCAUCACGAACGACCUCUUCAGUCAAGCCCUGCAGCACGCCCUGCAGGCCUCUGGCCAGCCUAAUCUCCAGGGCCAGUGGCAGCCUCAGCUGCAGCAGCUGCGAGACAUGGGCAUCCAAGACGACGAGCUGAGCCUCCGGGCGCUCCAGGCCACCGGCGGGGACAUCCAAGCCGCGCUGGAGCUCAUCUUCGCCGGAGGAGCCCCCUGACCCCUGAGGACCCCGAUGAUGCCCCCAUAGACAUUUGGCAGCCCCCCCCAGAUAUUCCCCGAAGCUCCGGAUGGCCGUGGGCCAAAGUAGCAAGCCCGGCGUGUCCCGUCCAAAGCCGUCACCGGGCUCCACCCUUUUCCCUAGGUGAAGGAGCCUCAAAGACAGCCAGCUCGUAUCCUCUGUGCCUUUUCCUUUACCGUACGCGCGCUGCCGUCUCUUUAAUUGGACAGAAAGGCUUGUCAGGAUCGGGGCAUAUUAAAUGCAUUUUCUACCCGAGUCUGGUUUCAGUCCUCGUGCUUAGCCUUGGUGGGAAGCGAG